AGAGAUCGAGAGAGUACGAGAAACGCUUCCCGCUCCUUUAAUUUAUGGCGCCAAACGAAAGAAAAAAGAAUCCAAAUCCGGAACCAAAACCAAAUCUCAUCUUUUUUUCUUUUCUUAGUUUGUGUGAUUUCCGCCAUUUUCAAAUACCCCCAAAUAUCCUUCUUUUGAACGAAGCUAUUGUUAGGGGGCCGAAAAUACCAUCAGAAACGGAGAGAUGUUCGGAAGAGUAAGAGCGUCACCGUCGCCGUCGUCAGUUGACUGCUUCGACACUCCGCCUUCCAAGAUCAUCAAGGACGAUUCCCUCUCCAUCUAUGAGACUACACUGAUGAGGCUUAAACUAGGUUCCCAACGUCACCUGAUCCCACAGCCGACGACGGCGGCUGAUUUAACCGAUUGCGCUUCUGGGACUGUUCCAAGCAAUACGAACUCCGAUGAUGAAUCGAUGGUGAUUGACACGGAUUGUUCUCCUGUGAGUGUUUCAUAUACUUCAAGUGAUUUUCAAUCAACGAGUAACUUCAAUUCUCAGCAAGGAAGUAACGGUACGUCGAUUCGCUACUUGUUUUCCAAAUUUAGGGAUCAUCAACGCGUUUCAACGAUUAGUGAUCAAACAAUGAUGAUAGAAUCGAUUGGUUCUACGAGUUUUUUGGGUUCAAUUGAGUAUCAAUCUUUGAGCAGUGGGAAAAGAUCAAGGGAAAACCAUGAAUCUAGCACUAGCACUAGCACUAGCACAAGCAAUGGAAGUACUAUUAUAUGAUUGAAUUUGUUUCAAUGAAGGGCUUAGAUUUUGCUUAUUUGUUGGGUUUAGAAACCUUGUGAAUUCUUUGUAUUACGGGUAUGUUUAAUUUUUUUAAACAUUUGAAGGGUUAUAUUUUAUAUCCGUACGAAUAUUUAUCAAAACAAUAUAAUUGAGGCU